AUGAUAAAACCAGUUAGUCUGGCAUGUGGACAUUCUGGGUGCAUGAAGUGCUUGCACUCUGUCGUCUCUCUCUCCGACAACGCGGCAUCAAACACAGCUCCGUGCCCCGUUUGCCGCGAAACUUUCCAUCGCGAUCGAUUGCAUCUGAACGUCAGCCUUGACGCACUAACAAGAAAUCUGAGUAUGCAUUGUAGCAAUUCUGGUUGCAUAUGGAAAGGCACUCUGGAACAAGCAAGGCACCAUGGCAAGGGCUGUCCCAAAGCUGUCGUAAAAUGCCCUAACGUUGGAUGCCACCACUCUUCCUUGCGCGAGGACAUGGACGAGCACAGCAAUAGCUGCGAAAAGGCUCUAGUAGAUUGCCCUGGCUGCAGGAAGGAAGUAGCGAGAAGUCGUUUAGCCCAACACGAACGGAGGGAGUGUUUCUAUUCAAAAAUAGACUGCCCACUCGGAUGUGGCAUGAAAUUGCCGAGGUAAGACCCUUACAAUUAACCAAAUGACCAUGGUAAAGCUUGAACUGAACUUUUGCACGAUCUGCACAUCUUGACAGUUCACAACACCGUGGUCUUUUUCUAAAAACUAGUCAAAAAAAAUUCAAAGAAUUCCUUUUAGAAUUUCCUCAGGCGAGAAUGAGACGCAUCUGUUACAGGAAUCUUUGUACAUUGAUUACAACGUCUGAGCUAAUAGAAUUUGUGACUCAAUACUGAGAAAUAAACCCAUUAACACCUCUCCAAUGGGAUUUUUCGGGCAUGAAGUACAAGGACAAAAGUACAAUAAUACAGCAUACAGCACACUUAUAGGCAGUGAACCGGCUGAAGCGAGAGUGAAGUACGGUCAUACUUUCUUGGACCAGUAGCAAUAAGUAAUACGGGUUGCAAAGCUCCGAAUGGUUUAAUUAAUUAGUCUUAAAGUUCGUAUAACCCAAAAUAAUUAGUGACUGUUGGUAAUGUUUUUCAGAGCCCAUGUGUGUUUGCACCAGCACAAUUGCCCAUUGAAGGCCUUACAGUGCAAAGUGAGAGGCUGUAAACAAAUAAAACACAGGAGGGACAUGGGUGCUCACGUGUACGAUGCGGCGAGAUCACACUAUGACUUACAGCAUGGUGAGAUACAGCGGUUAUUGGGCCUAAUACAAAGAAAGGUAAGUCUCUCAACUGAUAUCGAUAAAAAAAUACGAUGGAACACCAUUAAUACUGACACCAAGGGGACAUACCGAAGUGUCCGUAAUAUCAGGGUGGCCAGAAGGCUCUCAAAUGAAAAAGGGUUAGAGCAGACAUUUUAACGGCAACAAAACGUUUAAAAAUUGUACUUUGACUGUGACAUUAUUUUAGGCUAUGGAAACCUGACGGCUAUUUAUCAUACUCUAGGAUAACUUUAUACCUAAUUGUAACUGCAACUGACGAGUUGAAUCUAUGGAAACCGUACGUUCAUCUAAUAACUCAAUGUUCACGGACUAAAAUUACAGUAACUUAUAAGAGGGUUAAUUUUAUGGCGACAAUGUGAACUUUUCGACGGGACAAACGAAAUGGUCUCUAAUAUCGGGGUGUCCGUGUUAAGCAGGCGUCCGUAGAGCGUGAUUCCACUUUAAUGUUUAAAGCAAUGACAACAACAAAAAAAAAAAAGAGGAGAAAAGACACUGAGUUGUACUGUAAAUUCUCCUACAGGAAACUGUGAUGGAACAAGUGGAAGAAAAGGAAGAUAUGGUUGUGUCAUUCUCCUGGAGAAUUUACGACCUUCCUGCCUCUCUCGCCACCGUGACAGAAGAACGACCUCUCACGAGUGGCGAGAUUAAAUCCCACGGAUACACUUGGAGGGCAGUAUUCACAAAAAACUUGGAUUUGUUUGUACAGCUGGUUUCUGCCUCAUCUCCCGUUUCAGUAGAGAUAAGGUGAGAGGAGCUGGUGUGAAAUAUUGGCGUGUAAAUUUUUUUCAUGCGAAUGGACAGCACCUGACAGACCUCUUAGGCCCCCCAAAAAGUCAGAAAGUAGAUUGGAGUCAGGUAAUGAAAAUUGUCGAGGGAGGGUUUUGCUCUUAUGAUGAGCUUAUACCAAUAAUGAUCAGUUAAAAUCCAUUUAAAAUUACGCGAGUGCAAUAGCUCGAUUGACACGACUUGUCAAGAACGGAUAUUACUGAUAUGAAGUAAACAGGUAUACAUGCGAUAUAACACAUAGAAGAUUAAUGGCAAUUCAUAACCUUUUGGUUUUUAUCUUCAUAGGAUGGUGAUUUCUCCAGGAAAGGAAAACGAAACCAUCAAAAAGCUACCACCCACAAGAAUGAGAGAGGGAUCGAUGUGGGGGUGUAACCUUUCACAAGUAAACCGUUGGGUCGAUGUGGAGGGGGAGAUUGAAAUAAAGUUUUUAAUCAUUUAUAAUAUAUGUUUUAAAAUAGAAUAA